AUGGAAGCAGCAUUGCUCCGAUACCCAAACGAGCAUGGUCCACACCUUGAGAACGUUGAAUCAGAAGUCGACGUCGCCGUCGCCACGUCUUCUGAAUGGUUUCCGAGGAGGAGGGUUCGGCCACAAAAACCGAGACAUGCUGGCUGUGUGGUGGACGCGUGGCCAGACAACAUUGACAUGGCAAUGCUGACAUUACCACAUAUCAAACUGAAAAUUAUUAUAUUUAGUGGAAGUAUGCAUUUGAUGAGAUUCUCAGUCGAGAAAAUAUUGUAA